AUGGAUAUAUAUGGACUUUGCCUGUCAUUAAUUGACAUAACAGCAAAGCUUGCAAGAGAUGCUUAUAAAACAGCUGAAGAUGCACGUUAUACCAAGAAAAUAUGUUUGGCCUUAGCAGACAGAUUAGAGAUAGGAUCGCGUGCUUUGUCUAAUUUAUAUAGACACAGGGAUGAAAAAGACAAAGAAAAAUUUAAAAGUAGUAAUUUCUAUAACAGCCUUCAAAGUUAUGUAAAUGCGGCAACUGAAAUCAAAAGAUUUAUUGAUGAGGUUUCUAAAUUGAGUGGAGCAAUGAAAUAUAUUAAAUCAAGUUCUCAUAAAGGGAAAAUUAUUCAACUUGUAAAAAGACAUGAUGAAGCUAUUGCUGAUUUAAAGCUAGGAAUAAAUCUUGAUGAAUUUAAAGAAAUUCAUGAUUUACAAAAUAUAAUGGAAACUGAAUUUGAGAAAAUGUCUUUGAUUAUGGACAAUAUUGGAAAAGCAAAAAUUGCAAAUUUUUCUCUAAGUAGAGAAUAUCAUAAUAAAAGUAUACGAAUUAAAGCUAUAAAUGAACUUAUACCCUGGAUGGCCCCUGAGAAACUCAGAGAUCCUGAUGGAGUCAGGUACACUUUAAAAUCUUGGAAUCAAGAACCUUCAUUACGACCAAAUAUGCCUAUUUUUCUUACUCAAUUAGUUACCUUAUACAGAAAUCAUUAUUCACCUAGACCUAGAAGUGGCAUUGGCAAACAAAUUACUCUUUCAUUGGAUGAUGAUGAUCAUUCAUUAGGUACAUUGAGUUUAGAUGAUGUUCCAAAAGCUGCUGAGUUUAUAAGAUAUAUGGAAAAGGCUGUUUUUCUUGAAAAUCAAGUUGCUUUAUAUAACAUGGGUGAUAUUUAUUAUGAAGGGAAAUUAAAUUUACCAAAAAAUCAAAAACGGGCAAUAAUUUAUUAUAGAAAGGCUGCUUUGAAAGGUCAUGAAAAAUCAAUUAAGAAACUUCGAAGUUUAAAUAUAAGUGUUUAUAGCAAAGAAACAAAGGAUGAGCCAAACAAUGGAAUAAUCAAUGAAAACAAAGUGAUUAUUGAUAAAUCUAAGGAUAAUAGUAAUGAUGAUGAAUUUAAAAUUAAAGAAAUUCUUUCACCGCAAAUACCCAAAUCACCAUCAUCUGUUCCAAUUAAUCAAGAUAGCAAAGAAACAAAGGAUGAGCCAAACAAUGGAAUAAUCAAUGAAAACAAAGUGAUUAUUGAUAAAUCUAAGGAUAAUAGUAAUGAUGAUGAAUUUAAAAUUAAAGAAAUUCUUUCACCGCAAAUACCUAAAUCACCAUCAUCUGUUCCAAUUAAUCAAGAUAGCAAAGAAACAAAGGAUGAGCCAAACAAUGGAAUAAUUAAUGAAAACAAAGUGAUUGUUGAUAAAUCUAAGGAUAAUGAAGCAAUUAUUGAUAAAUCUAAGGAUAAUUGGUUAGGAUGGCUCAAAAAGGCAAUUCAGAAUGAACACAUUAAUUUUUAUGAAUAUAGUAGUAGGUUUAAAGAUAUUGAAAAAAUUGGUUCAGGUGGUUUUGCAAAAGUUUAUAAAGCAAUAUUAGACAAUAGCAGUACUUGUGCUUUGAAAUCCUAUAAACAUGGUAUAGCAAAUACAAAAGAAAUUACCAAUGAGUUGAAAUUAUUACGUAAAGUUGACCACCAUCAAAAUAUUAUUCGUUUCUAUGGUGUCACUAAGAAUGAGAGCAAUGGGAAAUAUUUAUUGGUCCUUGAGUAUGCAGAUAGUGGAACACUAAGAAGCUACCUACAAGAAAAGUUUGAAUCAAUCAGUUGGGAUCUAAAACUGAAAUUUGCAUAUGAGAUUGCAUCAGCUGUUUUGUGUCUACAUGAAAACAAUAUUAUCCAUCGAGAUUUGCAUUCAAAAAACUUUUUGGUUCACCAAAAAACCAUAAAAUUGACAGAUUUUGGACUUUCCCGUAAAAUACUUGAAUCUGCAACCACUUCAACAUUCAAAUUGAUAGGAUUGAUUCCUUAUAUUGACCCACAAUGUUUCAAGCAUAACAGUAAGCCAAACAAAAAAUCAGAUGUAUACAGUGUGGGUGUUUUAUUAUGGGAAUUGACUAGUAACCAACCACCUUUUAGUAAUCACCAUCAACAAUUUACUUUAAUGUUUAGUAUUUCUCAAGGAAUUCGUGAAGAACCUAUUCCUAAUACACCUGAUGAAUAUAUUAAUUUAUACAAAGAAUGUUGGCAGGAUGAUCCAGAAAGCAGGCCUGAUAUUCAAUAUGUUGAAACUAUGCUUAAUGGAAUGAUUUCAGGCCCAAAUAUAGUUGAUAAAGUUGAUAAAAAGGAAAAUUAUGGGCAACAAAAAAAUGAAGAUAGUAAUUCUUUCAGUCAUCCCAGUACUAUUUCAACAGAAUCUACUGGCACUGGUUCACUGCAAAAAAAAUUUGAUAAAAUCUUGGAUCUUUAG